AUGGCUUCCAAGCUCACCCGGAUUGCCAUCGUCAAUGACGACAAGGUGCGACAGACUGCCAUUGAUGCCCCUCCAAAACUAAUAGUUGCUAAUGUUGAUACCGCCCGCAGUGCAAGCCCAAGAAAUGUCGCCAAGAGUGCAAGAACUAUCGCGCAGGUCGUCCGCAGCGGCAAGCUCUGCAUCGAAGUGACCCCGACAUCGCGACUCGCCUUCAUCUCCGAAAGCCUCUGCAUCGGCUGUGGUAUAUGCCCUAAGAAAUGCCCCUUCAGCGCUAUCACCAUCAUCAACCUGCCCACCAAUCUCGAGACUCAGGUCACCCACCGAUACUCUGCGAACAGCUUCAAGCUUCAUCGACUGCCCAUGCCGCGUCCUGGACAGGUGCUCGGUCUAGUCGGAACGAACGGUAUUGGAAAGAGUACAGCUUUGAAGAUUCUCAGUGGAAAGCUGAAGCCGAAUCUGGGCAAAUAUGACAACCCUCCUGAUUGGGAGGACGUUAUCAAGUACUUUAGGGGCUCCGAGUUGCAGAACUACUUCACCAAGCUUCUUGAGGACGACCUGAAGGCUGUCGUGAAGCCUCAAUAUGUCGACCAGCUUCCUCGCGCUAUCAAAACGCCAGACAAGUCUGUCAAGUUCCUGCUUGAGCGCGGGUCUGCCAUGAACAAUCUGGAUGAGGCUCUUGACGUCCUGGAACUUCGCCAUAUUCUGGACCGCGAUGUCAAUCACCUUUCAGGUGGUGAGCUGCAGCGUUUUGCCAUCGGAACCGUCUGUGUCCAGAAGGCAGAUGUGUACAUGUUUGACGAGCCCUCGUCGUAUCUGGAUGUGAAGCAGCGUCUGUCCGCUGCGCGAAUGAUCCGUUCUCUCCUGGGCCCAGAUAACUACGUCAUUGUCGUUGAACACGAUUUGUCCGUCCUCGACUACCUCUCCGAUUACAUUUGCGUUCUCUAUGGUAAACCAGCUAUCUACGGUGUAGUGACUCUCCCUCACUCCGUCCGCGAGGGCAUCAACAUCUUCCUGGAUGGCCAUAUUCCCACCGAGAACCUUCGGUUUCGAGACGAGUCUUUGACUUUCCGAAUCAGUGAAGGAGCCGAUGAAUUCCAGGUUGACAAAGACCGAGCCUUCAACUACCCUAAGAUGGAGAAGGCCCUCGGCAACUUCAAGCUGAGUAUCGAGCCGGGUGACUUUACUGAUUCCGAGAUCAUCGUGAUGAUGGGCGAGAACGGUACCGGCAAGACGACAUUCUGUCGACUUAUGGCCGGCGCUCUCAAGCCGGAUAAUGCGAAGAAAGUUCCCGAGAUGAAGAUCAGCAUGAAGCCACAGACAAUUACCCCGAAGUUCGAAGGCACGGUCCGCCAGCUUUUCUUCAAGAGAAUCAAGCAGGCCUUCCUGUCGCCGCAAUUCCAAACAGAUGUCGUCAAACCUCUCAAGCUCGAUGACUUCAUCGACCAGGAAGUCAAGAACCUGUCAGGUGGUGAACUCCAACGUGUUGCCAUCGUCAUGGCUCUGGGUCUGCCGGCUGAUAUCUACUUGAUCGAUGAGCCAUCUGCUUACCUCGACUCGGAACAACGUAUCAUUGCCGCGCGUGUUAUCAAGCGUUUCAUCAUGCACGCCAAGAAGACGGCCUUCAUCGUCGAACACGAUUUCAUCAUGGCCACGUACUUGGCGGAUCGCGUUAUCGUAUUUGACGGCAAGCCAGGUAUCGACGCUCAUGCUAACAAGCCUGAGUCGUUGCUCACGGGUUGCAACAAAUUCUUGAAGAAUCUGGAUGUCACCUUCCGACGUGACCCCACGAACUACAGACCCCGAAUCAACAAGCUUAACAGUCAGUUGGAUCAGGAACAGAAGCUGGGCGGGAACUACUUCUUCCUUGAGGAGGAUAGUGCCUGA